AAUCAAAAACCACCAAAAGCCAAAUCAAAAAGGAUUCAUGUCCUGGCGAUGGAGGAAGACACUGACAAAGGGAGUGUAAAUAGUCAGGAUCAUCUCAUAGAGAGGCAGGAAAACACUGCUGGAAAUAUUGAAGAAGGUGACCUAGAACCAGUUAAAGAGAAAGUAGAUGACAAACCAGAUGUAGACAUGUCAAGUGAAGAAACCUCAGAGAGCAAGACAGAGGGAAGCGGUACUGAUAAACCAAAGCAGGGACCCUCAAACGACGAUAUCAUCCCAGUGAACAAAGAGGAUUCUCAGACUGACUCAAAUCAGGAUAACACAGAACAACAGGGUAAAAGUCAAAAUGGAAGAUUGGCUGGUAUGAAAACGAAAGUAUUGGCAGCAUUCACCGCAAAUAAAUCAAAGGAUCGACCAGAGGAAGGAAAUGAUGUCACAGGAAAAGAAGCUGAAGUGAGGUUCAAAUUAGACAAUAAGAAGCUCUCUCUACAAGAAAAAGACUUCAAAAAGAGGGUGCAUGAUGUGGAGGAGGGGAUAUUUUCUGUGACCAAAGAGGACUUGGAGAGGAAGAAGAAGAGGACCGAAGAUAAAGAUGAGGUGGAUACAGCCUCAGUUUGGUCCUACUUCAUGCCCAAGAAGAAUUUCCAGUACUACUUUCAGCACCCAUACUUCCGGCUUUUCAUAGCCUACUUUGUGACUUUUUGUAAUUUUCUGAUUUAUGCUGAGGACCCAGUGGCACAUUCUAUGAAGGAAUGCACCAUUCCAAUGGUGGGGAACGACUUUGCUUUUGUGUUGACUAGGUAUGCUCCCAAUGCUUGGAGUCUUCUCAAGGUUUUCCUUUGGCUCUCAGCAAUUGUGCUUGGAAUUGUGAUCGGAAAAUUGGUUGUGCACGGGUUAUUCUUCAACCGCUUGUGUCGGCUGAGGAUGUUUGAAGAUGACAUGGGUUCCUUCAUGGUUAUGUUUCUGACAACAUUGAUCAGUGUCUUUGUCUUUUCCUGGAUCUACAACGCCUUCCUGAUGAUCGGAGGGAGCGAUACGGAAGAUUACCGAAUCUCAGAUCUCAUGGGCAUUUCUAACUCCCUCUUCAUGAAGAUGGCUGCCACUGGCACCUGGUGUGGAGACUUCUUUACAGCCUGGAUGGUAACAGAUAUGAUGCUUCAGGAGAAAUUGUACCCAAAAUGGGCAGUGGGGGCACGUCGGUGGUGGAAUACUGGAUACCGCCGCAUCAUUCUGUUCUGGACCAUCACUACACUGGCCUCCAUUAUUGUGGUGGUUGUAAUCGCCACAGACUACAUCCAGUGGGACAAACUGAACCGCGACUUUCUACACAGCAAUGAGGUUUCCAGGGCUAUGCUAGCUUCUUUUAUUCUUGUGAUGGAUAUUUUCAUUGUUUUACAGGACUGGGAUUUCCCCCAUUUUGUGAGUGCAAUAGACAUUAAACUUCCUGGUAUUAAUACAGCUCACAUCAAAUUCAACAUACCUAAAUGUCUGAAACGGGAGGUGUGGCAGGUCCAUAUCACAGGAAAGUGGUUUAACUAUGGAAUCCUAUUUCUAGUCAUGAUCUUGGAUCUGAACAUGUGGAAGAACCAGAUCUUUUAUUAUCCAUUUGACUAUGGUCAGUACACAGAUUCUGAUGGUAAAAUCCACAGUGUGACAGACGAGUACAGCUUAAAGACAUUCAACGAGACACAACUGUCCUACAGUUAUAGAUCAGUGACCGUUAAUCCAAACACCAAUACUACUUACCUUGCUGGAGAUACAGUGAUGAAUGCACGCUACAACGGGUAUCAUGUUGCAAUCAAACUAAUUGCUUUUAUUCCUGCAGUUGUGGCAUUUGUGACAUUUGGGGUUCUGUUGUGGAAGUUUGGCAGACGCGUGCCUCAUGAUAAAGAUGUGUAUGCUGGGCGAUUAAAGAAGAGACACAGAGAUGGCAGUAAAGUUAGGUUUAGGUUCCGAGGACUUGCUGCUAUGAUAAGAGCUUUCAAACUCAAGCCAAAAGUUGAUGAUAAUCGACCAAGCUUGGUCUCUUAUGAGCUAAAAAGUGAAAGUAAUGCUGAAAAUUCUCAAGAUACAGUUUCCUGAUUUAGUACUUUUUAAAUUUUUUAUUUAUUUUUUUUUUACUGCUCCCUUAGAGUUAUUUCUCUUGUAACAGUAACAUGUUUGUGUAAAAAAAAAAUCCAAUACAAAUGUCUACGGUAAUCACUUUUAUGGUUUGUGAUUUUGAUGAUAAAUUAUAUCUACUGUGGAAUCAUUUUACAUGUAAUUUGUGGGGGUCAGUGUUUAGGCAACCAAAUUUUGACUGGUUCAUGAGGGCAAGAUUUCAUAGGUAACUCAUGCAUAAGAAGAGUCAAUUAACUGAAACAGUGACAAAGUCAUGUUUGUGGAGAUGUAGAUGACCCAUAAAAUAAAAAAAAAAAUUGUCCUCCACAAACAGUAAUGAUUCCACAGUAUUUAACAAGGUUAUUUUUGUACUAAAUGUUCAAAAUCAGCCAGGACUUGAGCUCCCAAAUACAUAUACCAUAACAAUUUUUGUCUGUUUUUGAUACCUCUUAAUUGCCAUUUUUAUUGUGCAUAUUUUUAAUCUUUACCAUGUUUAUUCUUUUGGUACUGAGCUUUAUUUAAUUCUUUACAUUCCAUUAUUUUUUCUCUCUGAGUUGAGAUUCAUUUUAAGUGUUCCAUACCACACCUUCUUCAAGUUCUCAAAGU